UUUGUGUGUGCGUUGCGGUGUUAUGCAGGUGGUGCGGUGCCGUCCUUGCUGAAAAAAUGAAAAUGGUCCGCGGAUAGUUCCCCGCUACACGUGAUUAUAAAAAUUCUAUUUUAUUUUUUUAAUUAAAAACAAACUGUUCGCCGUCAAACUGGGUGCCAAAACGGUGGAAAGGUUUUUUAACUUGGCGGACGAUAGCUUCGUCGAAGAUGUCAACGACGACCUGAAAUGUUUUAUAUCAGAGAAAAAAGUUGACAGCGUGCUGGUGUUCCCUCCGGUGAGCAACUACCGUCGGUUCCUGAUCCACCGCUGCGUGGAGAGGCUCGCGCAUCCCGACCUCGCCACCUUCUCCAUCGGAGUUAGUGACGAGCGUCGCACCGUCGUCUGCUAUAAAGAUCGCAUCUUAAGUGAUGAAGCUUGCGCACUUCCAGCCAUGGUACUGACAGUGGGCAACCGCGAAGAUGCGACCCUUAACAACGAUGGCGCGGCGUCGGAGUGCACGCCUGCGCAAGCGCAGCGUCGCCAGCCUCAGGAAAAGAUCAGGUCAGGAUCAGCAAAACCGAGAAGACCGGACCGAGCUGUGUACGUACCGCGAGCGUUGCGGGGCGCUGACAAUAGCUCCUCGGACGAGGCGAAGGCCGACCCCCAAAGACGGAGCAGUCGCAGCGUGGAGCCCAAGUCCCCCAAAUCCCCCGGUGGCAGAGACAAGUCGGCGCAAGGCACGCCCAAGCGCUCCAUAGACAAGAACUUCUGUAAUGUGUACACACCACCGCAUCUCAGAAACCAGCGGUCAAACACCAGUAUAGCCAGCCCGCCGCCAUCAGAAGACAACGACUCGCCCCCGGACUGCCCUGUGCCAAAUAGUGAUAGUGCAAUAUCGUGUAGUGAUAAUAGUUAUAAUGACGUAGAAGUAGGAGAGACAUUUUAUAUUGGUGAUUAUUUUGCAAAUGGACAGCUGGGUUUCUACAAUCCUGCAUACUACGAUUACGAUAGUAGGGACCUUGAGAGUUACGCAAACGAGACCUUCACAAAUGAUCACGUGACCAUGGAGAACACGCAACAAAGGAUCAUAGAUGGAGACUACGUCUACAGCAAGGACGAGGAUGACGAACAGAAUGAGCUUAAACGAGCAUCCAAAGAGAUAAAUAGAAGCACCAAGAGAAUAAUAAAACAGAGUUUCGAUUCUGACGUCCUAGUAAUAUCUGAACCGGUAGAAGAAGAAAAAGUAAAACAGACUGAAGUUGAACCGAAAGAGAAAGUUGUAGAGAAGAAAACUAAGCCGAAAUUGGAGGCUAAAGUGUCUUUGAAACGCGACGAGAACGACUGGGAAACUGUGUACGAUGAUAGCGGAGAGUGUUUAGAUCCGUCCCUUCUAGAAGAACUGACUUCUACAGUGGGAAAAGUUCAUAUAACCAAAGCUAAGAAUAACUACGACCAGUAUCAGACGCGUGGUCAGGCGUUGUUCAACGGGCCGUAUGACGAGACGUUCGCACAUGUCGUGGAGGUGUACGACUUCCCGAGUGAAUUUAAAACGAACGAUCUUCUGUCUCUGUUUAGCGAAUACAAGGACACAGGCUUUGAAAUCAAGUGGGUUGAUGACACGCAUGCGCUUAUCGUCUUUAGCAGCGCUAAAAUUGCUGCGGAAGUGUUGUCAACGCAGCGUUCUCUAGCUAAGUGCCGGCCUCUACACGCCGCCACACUUGAAUCUAGAAACAAGGCCAAGAAAUGCGCAGAAUUCCUUCAACCGUACAGACAGCGUCCGGAGACGUGCACAGCGCUGGCGCGGCGGCUGGUGUCGGGCGCGCUGGGCGUGCGGCUCAGCACCGCAAGGCAGGAGCGCGCUGAGGAGCGCCGCCUCAUCACCAUCGCCAGAGAGAAGAAGCGUCAAGCAGCGCUGCACAAGGAGGCGGCGUGGGACGGCUCCCUCGCCAACCAAUCCCUGCACCACUCCUGAGAUGACGUGAAAUCAGUCCGGUGGUAUAACUUCCAGGUCCAGUUAGAACUUCAAUACUUGACCGUGAGCUCUCAAAUUUUAUCUUUAAAAUAUAUAUAAAUAUUUUUAUAUAAUAAAACGAAAUGCCUAGUAUAUAAGAGGCUCCCGUCCUUAUGUCUAAUGUCGUAAGGUUUAAGAUUCUAUGUAAGCGAUAUAAGAUGUUUCCUUGUGAUUUUAUUGUGCUUCCUUGACUUGGACACAUAAGUAUUAAUUUUAUGUUUAACAUUGUAAAAUGUCCUUUAAAACGAUGCGGUUAAAGUUCAUAUUGCUUUGAUAUGUUAAAUCGGAAGCUGAUUUACUCAAAUUAAAUAUUUUAAUGCCCUGAAAUAAUUAAUUCAUUUAAAAAAUAUCCAUUGGUUGUAUGGACAUUGAUCUCCAUUAAUGGAUAGGUUAUAAUCAGGUCAAAUUGAUCCACUGCUGGACGUAGGCCUAUCCCAUCGGUUCUCACAAUGGCCAGUCCUGUGCCGCCCGCAUCCAGUAUACUCCCGUAAUCUUCACCAGGUCAUACUUCAAUCGUGCGGGAGGCCACGAUGGAUGGAUAAAUGGAUAGGCUCGGAAAUGAUCGUGGGUUGCUAAGAUCACAUUUUCGAUUAAAACAUUUUUAUCGCAGUUUUGUUAAAGGUAAAGACAGGGAUGACUAUAUGUUUUAUACAGAAAUUGUAGCUUUAGAAACCCACGGUUAAACGAAUCUAUUGAUGUUACUGACAGUUCUGUAUACUAUUAGUUUGAAUUUUCACCAUUUUAAACCGCUACCGCCAGCGCCAAAAUGGCGGAAAUGAAAUCGGCACAAAAUACCGCGUUUAAUAACCUAUCCAUAUAUAGAGGUUAGUUGUAUAUAAUUUAAAUCUACUCAUAAAUAUAGUUUGGAAUUAAAAGAUAUUGUGGAAUAGCAUUAAUAUGUUAAAUCGCUAUGUGUUCAUAUAGCAUAGUAUAUACCAAAUAUAUUAGGAAACGACUUUUAAUUUAUAUUUAAUGUUUUUGUUGUGAGUUCGUGCCUUUCGUGUCUAGUCUAAUUGUUGGGAGCCUCUUAGUGUUAGAUUAGAUGAAGUCUAGUUGCCCAGGGUAUAUGUCCGCUUCGGCGAGAUGACGUCACAAUGUAUCGUCAUUCAUAAAUAUACCUUAUUUCUAUAUGCAUAAGUGUGAGAUUUGAAUAAUUAUAUACCCAAAGUGGUCAAGUUAGACACCCCGGGGUCUAUAUACGUUUACAAAUUGAAAAAGAAAUGUAGCAGAGGAUCCAAUGAAAGUAAUGAAAAAAAUUGACAGUAGACAAGAAAAAAAAUGUUUAGGAAUCUCUGUUUUAAUAUGUCAUUUAGGAACAAUAAUGUGUUUGUAUGUUUGUUUGUACUAACAAAUAAUUAAUUUAUUAUUAAUAUGUUUUAACAAUAUUGUAAAGAAACAAUUUAUUCCAUAAAUAUGGAUUAAUUUAAAUGCAUAAUAUUACAUUGGUCGCCAUUUUGAUUUAUCAUUUUGGCGCCAUUUUAGCUGUCAAAUGUGCGAUAUUUUACUUUACAUGUAUUCGUAAUUAUGUUCUAAAUCUUGUCAGUUUUUUUUUUAAAUUAUAAAUAAAGUAUUAGGUACCGAAAUAUGCAGAAAACUAUAAGAAUCUCAAAAUCAUGAUUACUUGAAUGCACUAAAGAAUUGGAAUUUUUUUAAAUUUAACUUAAUGAAAUAUUAGUAUGGAGCAAUGAUUUAACUAUUUCUUACAUAUGUAUAAUUUCCUUAAAUAAUAAUUAUUUUAUAUACUAAAAUUAUGAAUGACGAUAUCUAAAUUGCUAGGGUGUACCCAACACGCUUAUAACAAAGGUACGCGUCCAUUAUCCCACGUAAUUUAACCGCACGCACGGCACGCAACGGAUUUUAGUUUAUAUGAGUACAUAGCGUUGUAUCCAUCGUCGUACGCAUCGGAUUUAUCAAGUGAUCCGAUGCGGGUAGUGCGUGCUGUGCGUCCGGCGCGGAAGUACGCGUACCUUUAUAUGUAAACACCACAGGGUGUUUUAAAGUCACAAAGUUAUAGUCCCAUUUUGACAGUCAAAGCAAUAUAACUAAGAAAUCGGAAGGAAUACAAUGACCAAGUGCCAUUGGUUUGCAGAAAUAUCUUGACUGUGGAAAUUGGGUUAUUUAAUGUGAUUUGCUUAGAAAUGUAUUUGGACGAUUAAUAUGUUAUUUAGCUAGAAAUAUAUAUAUAUUUUUAUAAGACUGAUAUAAACACGAUUAGUGAAUCAGCCUCGAAUAAAAGUGGCGACUCGAUUUUGCGUCAAUUAACUUAUCUAUGAUUAAAAAAAAACUGAAAUAUAUGUUUUCCUUUCUUUUAUUUGUUUAAUCUUUGGAAAUUUUUCUGGUCCUUAUCGAGGCGGAUAAAUUUUAUCUGUGUCAAACAUAAGGAGAUUGUCUAUGGAUUUUAAAGAUAUAAAUGCUCAUAUAAAAUAAAUACAGAGUAAUACUCGUCCAGUACAUUUCUAGAAUUGUUAUAGAUAUGAGAUAUAAUUAUAAAUUUUUGUUUAUAAGUGUUGACUCUGAGUGGACCACGUGUUUGUCCUUUAUGUUUGCCUCUAUAGCAAUUAACAACUGCUAUAAAUACAUACAAGAGUUUAGAAAGUAAAUAUUAAAGAAAUAUAAUAAGCCCUUACAGAAAAAAUAAUAAUUGUGAAGAUCAUCGUUUUCUAUGAUGUUUAGACUGUUUUAAAUAUUUUAUAUCCAAUUUUCACUAAAUUUAAAAAAAAAAUUUGCUUUUUAACUUGUCAAAUGAAAUUGUAGUUAAUAUUUGAUUUUGCAGAAGAAAUUACCUCUAAAUUUUGUAUUAAAUUAUUUUUUGUUCUAUUUUAAGGGCUUAUAUAUUUAAAUAUUAUAAAGUCAUAGAUUUAUAUCGGGGAUCAUGAAUUUGUUACUUUUGUUUAGUAAAAUUUAAUAAUACAGUCAAACCUGGUUAAUUGAGAGUCCAAGAGACGGAUAUUUCUUUAGUUUAUAAAGGUUUCUCUUUAACCCGAGUUUCUCGUUCAUGAAGGUCGUCCGUUGGGACAAUUACUCCGCUUAUCCAGCGGUGUUAGACAAAGUGCAUUCGCUCCAAAGCGAUUCCAUAACGAACUUCGAAAGUUAUUGUCAAUUCUAUACAUGCUUGAAGUUCGUUAUGGAAUCGCUUCGGAGCGAAUGCAUUUUGUCUAAUCCUCCAGGUUCGAUUGUAAAUGUAACAAUUUUAUGGUCCCGUAUCGAGUGAGGUUUGUCGACUAUUUGUAUGAGAAAUGUUAACGAUUCAACGAGGCUUGGUCUGUACAAAGAGAUGCAAAUUAUUUUUGUAACAUCUUGAGAUUCUAUUUGGAAUAAAAAUGAAUUUGUCCGUU